AUGUCCGAAGAAGGUAUAGUAAAUACCAAAUUUCGAAUUCUUGAGUUACUAUUGGAAUUUGAUGAAUCUGAGCUUGAUGUGUUUGAACAUUGGAUUAUAUCACAUACAUAUAGAAAAGAUCUGAAAUAUAAAAAAUUACUGCAGAAAGAGGAAAAGCAACUUAUCAAAAUAGGAAAUUCCUUGAAAAAAUUAGUUCCUUUUGAAGGUGAAAUGCCAUCUGAAAAUAUUGUACCUCCUAGCAUUGGAGAUCAGGCAGAUUGCAACAAUAUUAACACCUGCCAUGUAGAUGAAUUUUUAUAUGAUGAGCAUGAAACUGAAGAUUUGGUUAAACAUGGUAAACUAAUAAAACAGUUCUGUCUAGAUUGCAAUUCACGAAAUGUUAAGGAUCUGAUUUUCAUUUCACAUUCAAUGUCAAGACAAACUAUUCAAUACAUAUUCAAAGUUCUACUUCCGAAAGAUUUGGAUGAUAAACAAUUAUUGGAUGUUGGUUCCAGAAUAGGGGCAGUAAUUUUUGGUGCUUAUUACUUUUCAAAUCUCUCUACCAUAAUUGGCAUUGAAAUGAAUAAAGAAUGUUGUGAUAUCCAAGAUAAAAUUAUAGGUCAAUUUUCAAUGGACAUGAAUAGAAUCAAAGUUAUACAUUCAGAUGUAAUGGAUAGAAGUGAUGCAGUUCUUCAUGGGCGUCCAUGCAAAAUACAUUUGGAUCCAGCUAUUGCUGCUGCUGGAGAAGGGCCUGCUAUUAUGAUGCCAUGGCAAGGUGAUGCCAAUAAUAUGAUUGACCGUUUUGAUGUAAGAGCACAUCUCGACUACAUCUCAGAUAUAAAAAACCCAGAUAUACCACCUGAAGAGCUAGGCCAAGAAGAGAGACAAUGCAAUUAUGAGAGAUACAGAAUUCUUGCACAAAAUGUGUUUCUUGGGAUAAGUGAGGAUAAAUUCUUACAACAGCUAGCAUUAGAAGAACAAUUUGGAGUUACUAUUGAUGAAAAGGAAACACAAAAAGAGAAGUUGAGUGAGAAAAAAGGGACUGGUGCUGCUAUAGGCUACAAUUAUAAUGAUCCCGGAGCACAACCAUCUUGCUCUAAUGGCCCAGAGGUUAAGAAAGUUGAAGUGAAAGAUUCCGAUGAUGAUUCUGAUCUGGAAAUUAUUGAUGUUGAUUUAAGCAUUGAUGUUAACAAGAUGGAGGCAUCACAGGCGCACGAGCUGAACGCGGUGGGUCCGCUGUUCGGGAUGGCCGGGUGCGAUCUGUUCUCGUUCCUCACGGGCGACGCGGACGACGCCGAGCACCAGAAACAGCUGUUGCGCGAGGAGAAGGAGAAGGCGAUGUUCUCCGGCAGGAAGAGCAGGAGGGAGCGACGCGCGCAUCGCGACAAGAAGUUGGCUUCGCGCGUCGUCAGCCCGCCGAGCUACGCGGCGCCGGCCGUCCGCACCCGCUUCUCGUCGCGCUCCCCGUCUCACUCGCGCUCGCUAUCUCGCUCUCGCUCACAGAGCCGAAGCGCCUCGCCCGACGCCGACAACAUACAGUUCAUCACCUCGUUCGGUGGAGACGAAGAUGACGUUAAACCCGCAAAAAACCAGAAGACCCUUUAUGCGGAUAAGUUGAAACAUAAUUUAAAGAAGACGGAACUUUACGCGGAAGUAGCUCGUAAGAAACUUAGAGAGGUACCAGCAAAGAACCUGGGGAGAGCAAGUUCACCGCAGCACGAAGAUAGAUUUCCGCGUCCGCAAUUGGCACCACGAGGGCGCAAUUCCGUAUCGAAAACGAGGUCUUAUUCCCGUUCGCGCUCUCGCUCGCGGUCGCGAUCGAGGUUGAGGUCGAAGUCGCGUUCGCGCUCGUGGCGAAGGUCACGCUCAAGGUCAAAGUCGCGCUCAAGGUCGAGGUCGAAGUCGAAGUCUCGCUCUGGCACCUCGAGGUCACGCUCCUCCAGCUCUUACAGGAGAUCCCACUCAAGGUCAAGGUCGCGCUCGAGGUCGAGGUCCCGCACCGCCAGGAGUAGACGCUCCCGUAGCCCCUCCAACAGCACCAGUGGACCGUCGCGUCGCAACAAAUCGAGAUCGAUGUCGUGCGACAGCAAUGACAAAGGCAGCCAGAGCAAGCCGGUCGUGCCACGCUACUACGGGCGCCGGAAAGAGGACAGGUCUUCCAGCGAACUCUCCGUCGACUCGGAUUCUAGUGACACUGACGACGAAAAAAAUAAAUCAUCGGUGGGCAAUAAGUCAAACACAAACCAGAAUCAGUUACGAUUGUCUGGAUCCAGCACCAAAGGCCCAUCACGAGAAACUCUUACACUAAAGGAGAAAUUAAAGAGGAAAAUGCAGGCUCAAUUAUCAAAGCAAUUGCGCGCAGACAAGCGGGCUGAGGCGGAGCGACAGGAGCGGGAGAGCCGGCGACAGGCUCGUCGCGACGAGGAGAUGCGCGAACUUGUCAUCAAGCUGCGACGCAAGCAACGUGAAAUGCGCCAUCAGCAAAAUCGACGCUCCAGCGAUGAUAAUUCCGAUAGGAGCGAUAGCGGAUCUUCGUCGAGACAAUCGCCAACAGGGGAGAGGAGGAAAGAGAACAGGAGCCGCUCGAAAUCGUCUUCGCCCAAACAGAAACGCGUGCCGGUUUGGGAGGCGAGCGAAUCGCCCCCACAAAGGCUGAGGAUCCAAGAGACUGGUGAUAACUCCCACUACCAGAGCAACCAGCGGAGGCGAUACCCGGACAGUUCGGAUGGCUACUACAACAGAGACGACAGGAGAUACGAGGAGGAGAGGCCUCAGAGCAACCCGAAUCAUUCGACAGAUACCGAGACCGCUACGAGCAGGGUUACGAUAAUAAGUGGGAACAGCACAGUGGCGGGAAGAAGAGGCCGUUCAACUCCCGUGGGGGAUUUAAAAGUCAACCUUACAAAGGUGAAGGUCAACCUUACAAAGGUGAAGGUCAACCUUACAAAGGUGAAGGUCAACCCUACAAAGGUGAAGGUCAACCUUACAAAGGUGGACCCCACCAAAGUCAUGGAGAAGUUUCAACGCCUUGGCAUUCGCAAAACAGGCAACAAGACGACGAUAAGCGCACGGGAAGUUAUUCCAAGGGAAAAGUUAAACUUGUCGAUUAUUAAU